GGUCAAAGUACCUCAAAGUUGUACUUGGAGGAGGAGUUAAGAUGUAGGUGUAGAUGUAUGUAAGGCUUUCACUUCUCCUCCCAGUUCACCCAGAGGAGCCACCAUGCCCAGUCUGCCCACUUUACCCAGAAUGCCAAGUUUACCCAGUCUGCCCAGUUUGCCCAGAGGAGUCACUAUGCCCACUUUACCCAGAAUUCCCAGUCUGCCCAGUUUACCCACUUUACCCAGAGGAGUCACUAUGCCCACUUUACCCAGAAUUCCCAGUCUGCCCAGUUUACCCAAUUUACCCAGAGGAGUCACUAUGCCAACUUUACCCAGAAUGCCAAGUUUACCCAGCAUGCCCAGUCUGCCCACUUUACCCAAUUUACCCAGAGGAGUCACUAUGCCCACUUUACCCAGAAUGCCCAGCAUGCCCAGUUUACCCAGAGGAGUCACCAUGCCCAGUGUUCCCAGCAUGCCCAGAGGAGUCAGCAUGCCCAAUUUUCCCAGAAUGCCCAGCAUGCCCAGUUUACCCAGAAUGCCCAGGGGGCUGUCGCUGCCGAGGGCCGCCGCCGCCGUCUCCACCGUUUCCCAGACUCCUCGGAGGCUCCUGCAGGACUGCUGCUCUGUGCUGGACCACCAGACACCUGGAGGUGUGUGCGGUUGCUGCUGGGCGUUGCGUCCUCGGUACAAGCGGCUGGUUGAUAAUAUUUUCCCAGAAGACCCCGAGGACGGUCUGGUCAAAGCCAACAUGGAGAAGUUGACGUUCUUCGCUCUGUCGGCUCCGGAGAAACUCGACCGCAUCGCCGCAUACCUGUCGGAGCGACUGACCCGAGAGUUGAACCGCCACCGCUACGGGUACGUGUGCAUAGCGAUGGAGGCGAUGGAGCAGCUGCUGCUGGCCUGUCACUGUCAGAGCAUCAACCUGCUGGUGGAGAGUUUUCUCAGCACGCUGCGUCUGCUGCUGGAGGCCGACAGGCCACACCUCCACAUCCUGGCUACCAACGCUUUUGUGAAGUUUGCGAACAUCGAGGAGGACACGGCGUCGUACCAUCGCAGCUACGACUUCUUCGUGUCUCGCUUCAGUGAGAUGUGUCACUCCGAACACGAAGACGCCGACACACGGAACAAGAUCCGUGUGUCGGGGAUCCGGGGUCUGCAGGGCGUCGUCAGGAAGACGGUGGACGACGAGCUGCAGGUGAACAUCUGGGAGCCUCGACACAUGGAGCAGAUGGUCCCCGCUCUGCUGGUAAACCUGCAGCAGCACACACACACCGGCAGCGGUUCCCCGGCGGAGCAGACCGAGGUGUGUUUCAGAGAGCUGUUGGGUCGAGCUGCUUAUGGACACAUCAACAACGCUGUCAGACCUGUGCUGAUGCACCUGGACAGUCACAGUCUGUGGGAAGGACGGAGCUUUGCUGUUCAGUGUUUUCAGAUCAUCAUGUACUCCAUCCAGUCCCAACACUCUCACCUGGUGAUCCAGCAGCUGUUGGGUCACCUGGACGCCAACAGCCGGAGUCCAGCUUCGGUCCGAGCCGGGAUCGUGGAGGUUCUGUCUGAGGCCGCUGUGAUAGAAGCUACUGGAUCUGUAGGUCCCACAGUACUGGAAGUGUUCAACACGUUACUGCGACAGCUCCGGCAGAGCGUCGACUACCAGCUGACCGGUUACUAUGACAACGCCGGAGAGCACCGGACCACCUCCGCCGAAGAGAAGACGCUCCAGGACGCCGUCAUCAGAACCAUCGGAUCCUUCGCCAACACGCUCCCCGUCUACCAGAGGUCAGAGGUCAUGCUCUUCAUCAUGGGGAAGAUCCCUGUUCCUGGUAUCUACCCCGCCCUGGGGUCACCCAACGCCGGGGUUGAAGGCAGCAGGAUGAUCCAGGUGAUGCUGCUGAAGUCUCUCCUCCAGGUGUCGGAGCGUUAUGACAGCAGUAACCUGUUGACGGCGUUGCCCUCCUCCUUCCUGGAGCCCCUGCUCUCCUUCACCCUGAUGGAGGAGGAGGAGAUCCGCCUCCUGGUCCUCUCCAUCCUCACCUCGCUCCUCGACAGACGCCACAACGCCGCCAGACUCACCUGCCCCAGCGUGACCUUUGACCUGUCGCUGUUGGAGCUGAAGGAGGACCGCUGCUCUCGACAGGACAACCUGUUCAUCAGGAAGCACGCUCAGCGUCUCUACAGACACGCCUACCUCACCUGUCGGGAGGAGAGCAGUGGGCGGAGCCACUACCAGGCCCUCUUCACCCUAUUGGCUGUCGUCAGUCUGGAGCUGGCCAAUGAGGAGGUGGUGGUGGACCUGCUCCGCCUGGUCCUCGCUCUGCAGGAGCUGGCGUUGUCCAAUCAGGAGAGUCUGUCCGUGUUUAACCGCUGUGGCGUUCACGCAGUCUGCGCCGCUUUCCUCCACCUGUUGUCCCAACUGGGUCCGCCUCCAGCUCUGCACCAACACGUCAGCCAGGUGAUAGAGCGUCGUCAUAGCAACGCGUCUCACCUGCUGCCUGAGGUUGUGUUCUCUGACAAACACAGGCUUCCAGAAGGUGAGCUGAAGGUAGACGAGGCGUUUCUGUUCGUCCAAUCAAAGAUCUGCGAGGCUCUGACAGGAAGCAGCUACAGCGCACACACCGAACGCCUCCACACGCCGUACACACCUCAGAUUACAGAUGAGGACCGUCUGUCUAAGAGGAAGAGUAUCUGUGAUGUCAUCUCUCUGCAGAUAGACAUGGACCCUCAGUACUGUCCUGAUGACCAGCAGAAGCCUCAGAUGGAGCAGAUCACCUUUGAGACCCUGAAGAGCACCAUCGAGGACAGAGGAGGUGAGGAGGAGGAGGAGGAGAGGAGGAGGAGGAUGCAGCUGGUGGAGAGGUUUCAGAAGGCCCCCUUUGAGGAGAUCGCCGCUCACUGUGGAUCCAGGUCGUCUCUGCUUCACGCUAAACUGGAUCAGGUCUUUGAGCUCAUCGUUCGUCCUCCUCCGUCUCCGUCCGGACUCUCGCCGCCUCGCUCCACUCCUCUCUACGAGAUGAAGUUUCCUGACCUGUGUGUCUAUUAGACGCCGUUUCCUCUCCUUCUGUUGUCUGAUUGAAAUAUCU